AUGGGCUUUAACGAUAUUGCCAAGUACGGGUCGCCCGUCGCCGCCUAUUCGACGAGCGCCGCGAGGCCGCAGCAGCAGGUCUCGGCCAUUGUCGUCGGCGGAGGUGCUGCUGGUUUAGCAGUUCUGGGCAAUCUGCUGGAAAAGAUUGGCCACGGCAAGAUCUCGUGGGUUGACACCGAGUUCAACGGCGGACGCAUCAAUCGGAAAUACAGGGAGGUCCCCAGCAACACCAAGGUCGGACUGUUCCUGGCGUACGGCGAGGCCACAGAACCUUUCCGUCAGGUCAUUGAGAGCACGCCAAAGCCCAAUGCCAUUACAGCGCUGCAAGAACUGCCCCAGGACGGCACAUGCUCCCUGGGUAAGGCAGGAGACAUGCUGAAGCUCCUCUCGGAUGGCUUGGUAAAGCAUCCACGAAUCGAUCUUCACCAGGGCAAGGUUACGGAGGCUAGCUUGGAUGGAACGAGCGCUGAAUGGUCUCUAAACAUUAAAGACUCAAAGACUGGUCAACUGGAGAGCCGCACAGCCCCCCUGGUUGUCUACUGCACAGGAUCUUCACCCACGACUGUUCAGCUCCCCGUAUCAUCAACCUCGGUCCCCGAGUUCCUGGAUCUCGAUAUUGCACUCAAACCAUCAGAGCUGGCGGUCACGAUUCCAAGCGACAACGAGGUAACAGUUGGUGUAGUAGGCGCAUCUCAUUCGGCCAUCCUGGUCAUCAUGAACCUCGUCAAGCUGGCCCAGAACUCCCACUCGAAACUGCGGGUAAAGUGGUUUGCCCGUUCGCCCAGUCUCAAGUAUGCAGUGUACAAGGAUGGAUGGAUCCUCUAUGACAAUACGGGCCUCAAGGGAGAUGCUGCCAAAUUUGCAAAGGAACAGCUCGAUGGCGAGAGGCUGGACGCGAGCGACGCUGGAAAGGUCGUCAAAAGGGUCGACUGCUCCGGAGGUGCCGAAAAGGAAAAGGAAGCCAUGCAGCGCGAGCUUCCUGAGUGUGAUUAUGUGGUCCAAGCUGUUGGAUUCACCCGCGAUCCUUUGCCCGCCACGAAGCAGGCUCUCGAGUUUGACCACAAAACUGGUGGCUUUACCGACGCCACGUCUGGUAAGGAGCUACCCGGAUUGUUUGGAGCCGGCAUUGCGUUUCCGGAAAGAGUCGUUGAUCCUGAAGGGAAUGUCGAGCACGCUGUCGGCUUUUUCAAGUUUAUGAAGUUCCUCAAGCGGGUUGUGCCGGAAUGGGUAGCGAAGACGCAUUCAUAG